ACAACAACAACCUUCUGAUCCUCCAUAAACACCUACACAUCUCCCAUACUCCUACUACCAUGUCUUUCCUCAAGAGCAAGGCCGUCAUGGCCGUCGGCGCCACCGUUGGCAUCCUCUACUUGGUGCCCAAGUUCUCCGGCAACAGCUCCAACGUUUUCGAGACCCCCGGCUCCAAGAACAUCGCCGAUAGGUGGUCCGCUGGCGGUGGUUCUACCACGCACACGCCCGCUGCUGCAACGAGGCGGGGUGAUCCGCAAGACACCGAGUCCAGGGCUGAACAGAGCGCGCGCACUGGUGUCGACUCUGAGCAUUUCAAGGAACACCUCAUCUCCCAAAGGCCAGGCGAGCCGGGUCCCUUUGACAAAAACUGGAAUAAGGCACACUACGGCACCGAGAAGGGCAAAUAAACUUUUCCCUCUCCAGUUGUUUCAUACUGCAUGCUAGGCGCCUUUUUUGUUUUUACUCAUGUUACGACCA